CAGGGUCCCACUCUUCUGGAGGCUAUGCAGCCUCUCACGGCUCAGCCCUCUCUCACUGCCUUGGCGUUGAUUGGGCCGCCCACCUUACGAGCUGGGCCAGUCAAUUUGAACUCGCAACCCCGAUCGGGACUAGACCCGAGAUGCGCUUGUCUGCCUCAGGCAGGGGUUGACUCUUGUCGGCCAGGGGGUUGUGUGCGCCGGCUCGCUGUGACUCCCCGGCGGCCGGAAACUCGACCCUUGACGUCGUGAGGUCGUGAGGGGGAGAUGACUGUGCCCG